AUGUCCGGGAAGAUGGGGAAGAAGCGCAUAGCCAUCGUCGGCAGUGGCAUAUCUGGCCUGAGCGCCCUCUACGCACUUCGCAAUACCCAGCAUGAAGUGCAUCUUUUCGAGAAAGAGGAACGUCUUGGUGGUCAUACCAACACAGUGCCGUGGACACACAAUGGCAAGAGCACGCCUGUUGAUACGGGCUUCAUCGUCCUCAACACCGCUACGUACCCAAACUUCAUCGAAUUUCUCUCAGCGUUGCGUGUCAAGACCGUCGCCUCGGAGAUGACCUUUGGCAUAUCUCGCGAUGCUGGUGCUUUUGAAUGGUCGGGCACGUCAGGCAGCUCACUCUUCGCGCAACCUUCCAAUGCGCUUAAGCUCUCCUUCUGGCGCAUGAUAUUCGACAUCAUCCGCUUCAAUCAAUUUGCUCUGGAUCUUCUGGCCAUCCCACCAGGUUCGCCUGCAGCUGUCGCCGCUACAGAAAUGAGCAUCGGCGAGUAUCUCGAAAGAGAAGGGUAUUCAGAUGCGUUCAGAGAUGACUACCUCAUCCCAAUGACGGCGUGCGUAUGGAGUACGGGCGCGGAUAAAUGCGCUUUGGAGUUUCCGGCAUUGACGUUGGUACGGUUCAUGUGGAAUCACCACCUACUUAGUACCAUAGCAGAGAGACCACCUUGGUUGACUGUUGAAGGAGGAUCUAGCAAAUACAUAGAUGCGGUCCUGGACCUGGCUGGCAAUUGCGAAGGCCAUCUUGGAACGCCGGUUCUAGCGGCAACAAGGAAAGGUGGUAAAGUCGAAUUAAGGCUGGGUGGAAGGGGAGAAGGUCAGACAGAGGCUUUUGACGAAGUAGUACUUGCUUGUCAUGGAGACCAGGCGAGGUGGAUGUUAGGCGACGAGGCGACAGCGACGGAAAAGGACAUCCUGGACGCAUUCGAAACCACACCAAACACAGCAUACCUGCAUUCUGAUCUUUCACUCAUGCCUCGACGACGCACAGCAUGGUCCGCCUGGAACUACCUCACCACCUCCAAGCAGAAAACACCAUCAUCUGCAAACCUGACUACUUCUUCUGGUGCCCUCCAGACCGUCUGCCUAACCUACGACAUGAACACUUUGCAGCACAUCCCCCGUGACGUCUACAAGAACGUCCUCGUCACUCUCAACCCACCACAUCCUCCCUCUCCUGCACUCACCCAGGCAACAUACCAAUACCGACAUCCGCUUUACAACUCGCGCAUGGUAUUUGCGCAAGACCGUCUCCACGAGAUCCAAGGAAAGCAAGGCAUCUGGUACGCAGGCGCAUGGACAGGAUAUGGUUUUCAUGAAGACGGAUGCCGGAGUGGAUUGCAGGUUGGAGAGGCUUUGGGUGGCGAUGCCGGAUGGGAAGUAAUAGAUGCCAAGUUCAUGAGGGGAAGAAAACCAGUCCUGGAGUGGAAGGAUCAGGUUGUGAGGAUCUUCAUCAUGUUGGUGCAGAUGUGGGUCAGCAUAUUGGAAGGAUUGGCGGGUGUGAAGAGACAAAAGGGUAUGGCAUUGGAGGCGAAUGGGAAGAAGCAGCUAUAG